ACCACGCCCGUACCCCUGUCUGCUGACAACCAGCUGGUGCAGAGGGGUGAUGCCACGGCGCAGGUGGCAGGGCCGCCCCCCGGGGCAGAAUUACAGCAGACCAAAGCUAGACCUUUUGUUUGUCAGACGAUUCUUCCAUAUCCAGGCAAUCCUGUUCCCGUCUUGGUCAUCACAGAGUGUUCUGAUGUUUGUUACGUUGCUGGUUGUUGCUCUCCUCGAGCAGCUGGUAGUCUAUCAGGUGGGAAUUAUUCCGAGCCACUUCUUCAAGGUUCUGGGUGAGAAAGAUGUUGUUGGCUUCAGACAAAUCACUAUUGUGGCCAUCUGCCUCAUUGUGGCCAACUCUCUGUUGAAGAGUUUUGAUCAGUUCAUCUCGAGUUUGAUGUAUGUAUAUUGGAGACGGAUUCUGACCAUGGACCUCCACAAGGCCUACUUCAGGAAGAAAGUCUACUACACCCUUAACGUACUCCACGCUGAGUUGGAUAAUCCGGAUCAGCGUAUCAGCCAAGAUGUGGAGAGGUUCUGCAAAGGAAUGAGCAAAAUGGCCAGCAACCUCAUCAUCUCGCCAUUCACCCUGGCUUAUUACACCUACCAGUGCUUUUACAGUACAGGCUGGCUGGGUCCAAUCAGCAUCUUCAUUUAUUUCUUCAUUGGUUCAGUAAUCAAUAAGAUUCUAAUGGAACCGAUCGUCUCAACCCUUGUCCAGCAGGAGAAGCUGGAGGGAGACUUCAGGUUCAAGCACAUGCAGAUCCGUAUUAAUGCUGAGUCAGCUGCAUUCUACAGGUAA